UUUUGUUGACAAUGAAAGUAUGUCAGCCACUUCCGUGUUAACAUUAGACUAGCCUGAUACCAGAGCUAACCAGGAGUGCCUCCAUCGUUCUGUGAUUGGGCAUUCUAAAUCCGGAAUAUUCUGACAGCAGUGCUUGGUAAUUUAAUAUGCACACUCAUAGUGACCUUUUCUAUUAGUCGACAAAUGACCAAGGAAGAAAAAAAAAAGCAGCUGACAACUCGCCUGGCGGACCUGACUUUCCCGCUGAAAUUUGGAGAUUUCGACCAAUAUCGAAAACACAACCCUACUCCAGGAAUACUACAUGUGGCAGAAUACUGCCACGCUAUAAUACACAGCGUGUUCAGGCUCGGAGGACUACAGGGUGAUUGGAAAAGUAUUGCUGGGUUGUCUGCCUUCUGAAAAGCCUGUCCAUCAAACCAGGAAGAAGCUCUGAAUCUUAGCACAACUUGUCAGACGGAAUCCAUUACCAGCCGAUCAGGAAGACCCAUACCUACAUUCACGAGGUGCAACGCGAUCAUAAUUAACAGACACAAACGACAGCUUCCCAGACAACAGCACUGCUGCAUAAGCUGGUCACUGCUGGGAGCGAAUGUCUGGGUCUGUUGUCAGGUUUGACCGUUUGAAUGUGAGGAGGAUUGUCAGCUCUGAGAGACACAGCCACCAACAUGGCACCAUGAUCCUCCAGCAUGGCCGAACUCAUCAAAGCCUCCAAGAAUGGCUACUACAAUAAAGUAGUCGAGCUGCUACAGAGCGGCUUCUCUGUGAGGACCCGUGACCGAGACAAUGCCACUGCGCUCUACUGGAGCGCAUGCAGGGGCCAUGCCCAGAUCUGCGCAGUGCUGGUGCAAGCGGGCUCAGACAUUAAUGCCAGGGUGAAAUGGGGCUCUACCGCGCUGCACGCCUGUGCUGAUAGAGGACAUGUGGAGUGUGUGAAGUUACUGAUAUCUCUAGGAGCGGAGUUGGACAUUCAAAAUGUUCGUGGAGACACCCCAUUGCAUCUUGCUGGUUACCGUGGCUACGUUAACAUAGUUAACAUACUGCUGGAGGCCAGAGCCAGUCCUAGUUUGCUGAACGAAAAGAAGAAAACAGCCGAGCAGGAAGCUAGAGGUCAAGGCCAUAUCAGAGUGGCAAAUAUUCUCCAGAAUUUUACCCAAGGACAACAGGUUUUCAACUCUGAUCAAGCUGUCCUAGACCAGAUGAAAAUUAAGACGCAUCCAGGCCAAAGUUUAAGCUUGUCUCAGAAUCAUAGUCCAGCAACCGAUGUCCGUGUGGCGGAGAACAAAGAAAAUUUUCAGUUUGAGUGGAAUGAUUUGGAUCUUGACUCAGGCGCACCUGCUGCAGCAGGGCAGCCAGAUUCUGGUUGGCCACAUAGGAGGAAAGGAAGUCUUCCGCAGGGGAUAUUACGGACUACGAUAGAACCGCAGGAGAGUGAGGAGCCAUGCAGUGCUUCUUCCUGGGAUGGCGCAAGUCCUGUUGACCCCUCUCCUCUGCGAUUUGACGAGUUUUCCAGGCUGAACAACAACAAUGGCAAGCAGACCUUGUCGGACAUUUUGGCAGAGAAGAAGAUUAAACGUCCAGUGUCCAUGAGUGGGUAUCAAAGCAACAUAUCACUUUGUUCUGUGCCACUCACGAGAAGUAAGCCCACUGUAGCGGUGUCAGGUUUCCCUAGUAACCAAAGUGCAUUUUCAAAUUCAGACAUUAAGGAAGUUUAUCAUUCUAAAUGGCAAUGGCAAGCUCCUGUCUUGUCUGAGUCAUCGGUGGAAAGGCCCGGCCAAGUGUCAAAUCGGUCAUUUGUUUCUUCAUCAGCCAAUCAAACCUCAGGGAACCAAACUUCACCAGUCUUGCUGAAACGUCUGGAAGACAUGAGGCAGUACGCUGAAGAUUUGCAGCUGAAGUUAGUCCAUUCUUCGGAACAAAUAAAUAAAUUGAAUAAAGUCAACGAUGAGCAUCGCACUAUAAUGGAAUCUUACUCCGCUCAACAUGAACUUGACAAAAGGACUCAUGAGUCAGUAAUGACGGAGAACGAGGCUUUGUCCGCAGAAGUUAAAAGUCUCCGAGAUCAGCUCGCAGCUUUUCAUGCUAGUCGUGUGAGUGAAGAGGUCAGUACAGUACGAAAACAGCGUAGGGAUAUGGAGAGGUACAAAAAUGAACCCUCAGCAUUAAGGUCACGGCAACCAAGGACGAGCCCUCCUGGGGUGCUCAUAGGUCCAGCUGAAAACUUUGACGUUUCCAUGGAUACCAGUUCUGUUGGACCUCCUGUCCCGAAAAGCCUUGAAAGCGGAACUCCUGCCACGACACAUGCAGACAUUUUGCAUGCCCUGAAAGUUUGUAUGGGUGACAAAGUACUGAGUGACCAUCAUUUGCAUUUGUUGAACCAGCGAUUCAGGAACCUGCUGAAGGCCAAGUGGAAAGCUACCUGUGAACAACGACAACUCCUUGAUAUGACUAACAGGGAAUGGUCGCCAGGAGUGGAUUUCACACUGGUGGACAGGACACCACUAAACCAGAAAGCUGAAGGCUACCGAGAAGGAUCUUGCUCUCUGAUCUUCAGGAUAAGUCGCCAUGGCAAGGUCUACAUUCUGAAGAUGAUGAUCAACCUUAUUGACAUGGCCUCCAGUGGUCAUGGUAACGGACAGAGCAUGCCCAAAUUUCUCACACACCAUUUCGGAGCAGAGUACGACAUCCCUCUGCAUCUCUCCACGCACGACAACAUCGUACAGAUCUGUCAUUUUUACGAAGGCUCGACGCGUGGCUUUCGACAUUUGUUGCCGUUUCUAGUUCCUCCUUCAUUGGAUGUGCCGCUCGAUAUGGCAAAUAGGACUACGUUCAUGGUUAUGCCGGAGUAUCCGAUGACCCUGAAAGAAUUCAUGUUGGAUUUACGGAUGAAAAACCCAGAACCUCCGUUUGGUCUGAGUGGAAAAUUUCUGCUGUUGUUGUUGUAUCAGCUUCUCAGUGCCAUAGACCAUCUUGUGUGCAAUGGUGUGGUGCAUCGUGAUAUCAAGGCUGAAAACAUUUUCCUUGACAACAGGCUCCGCCCCAUUUUAGGGGAUUUCGGAUUUGCCCGGCGGUUUCAUGGGCAGAAUGGUGCAAAAUUAAUGUUUACGAACGGAGAACAGGUGUAUGCUGGGAACUCUAAUGCAUGGGCACCGGAGUUAGCAAGACUUAACAGAGAUGGUCCACAGUCUUUACCAGCAUUGGCAUCUCUGGAGGAUGUGUACCAGAAAGCCGAUGCUUAUGCCGUCAGCCGGAUGUUCUACAGCUUGCUUCGUCCUCUCGAAGACAGUGAUGCCUUUCCCUUCUCGUCCAUGAGCGUCCCACACUACACAGAAGCUGAGAUCCCGCCGCUGCCAUCAGCCUUACCUUCGGGGCUUGUUUAUGUGCUAAAACAGCUGGUGCUGGACCACCCUGGGGACAGACCGCCUGCCCACAAGGCCAUGGUGCUUGUUGGGAUGUUGUUGGCAGGCCCAGCUGUAUCUGAAGUCAACACGGGCGGAGAGUUCAUGGCUUUCUAUCAGGCAAAGAUGCUGCAGCAUAUGGCAGGCACCAGUCAACUGAGGCAACCUGUGACUGAGGGUCCUAUCUCCAUGGAGACCAGUGUACAACUGAAUGAGAGGGAUGUGGAAGUUCACCUGCUAACCCAGGCAACGCCCCAGGAGAUGUGGGACAGCUGUAAACUGCUGAGGCAGAUCCGCCUCAACAGCUGAUACCACAAUAUGUGUGUGUUUUAUUACACCAGCGUAUAUGUGGUAAUGCAAGCGCAAUGCGGCCAGUUCUGAUUUCCAUUUUAGAAUUUUCAUUCAUUUCUGCACCUUCUUAGUUUUUUUUUUUAUAUUUGAAGUGUUUCUUUAACUCAUGAUUUGUGACACCUCAUAGAUGCAGUUCUAGGUGAUGGUAAAAACAGUCAGUUGAAAUGUCUAUUAUCUUAUCGUUCCAAAUCACAGACAUAUAAAAGUGAAAUGUGCUAAUGUAUGGCAAAUGACAUAAAAUCUCUCCCAUAAAAGAGCAAUUGUAAAGGCAAGUAAAUGUCCUGAAAUACUAUAUAAGGGGUUGAAAGUUACACUUUUUCCAGUAAAAUAUUGUCCUCUCUUUCACAGAAACCUCAAAAUGCCUUUCUCAGAUCUACAAAAGACUCACACAAUCAAGGCAAAAGAUGCAACGUAAUUGGUCAUGAGUGAAAUUUGGGGUUGGUUAUGAUAUGGGGUAUAAAUUUGUGUUACUACAGAUAAACUUUGAUAAAAUAGAUCAUUAUUAUUAGUUAUACCAUGUUUGAACAGUGUGUCAUUAUAUGAUAUGUUUUGUUGAUGCACACUUGGCUAGACUUAUCCAGUGUGACUGGGAAAACGGGAGAGUGAAAAGAACUCAUGAAAACGUGCUAAUUCUUUUUGUAUUGUUUGAAUGUAGUAAGGUUGAACAUGGGAUUUAGGUUGGAAUACGGAUGCAUUUAUCAGUUGCUGUAUUGACAUGUUUAAAGAGAGCAAAAUUGCUUUUUAUCAGCUCUCUGCGAUCUGCCAGGCAGGUUUAAUGUGAUGCAUGUGGAUUUGGAAUUUGUAGAGCCUAAAACAGUACGAACCCUUCAUCUCAUCGUUUAUGUUCACCUGAUGAAGUGAUGCUCAUCCCGCUAUACACAAAAUCUAUGUCCACGUCUGGAUGAUGUUGAAAAUUCUACUUUGUCAAACAUAAACCUGUGUGAGAGGAAAUGUGCCUAGGCCUAUAAAAACAAAGAAAUACCGUAUUUCUCCUAAAGUUGAGCAUUCAUUAUUGAACCAGAUUGUUAUUGAACUGGUAGUGGUAAAAAUAAUUACUAGUCUCCAUCGCUUAAAUAACAAUUGCAGUUUUAUAUCUAAACAUAUCUAAAAUGUACCCUAGCAGAUAUAUAGUGAUGUUUAAUGUGUUUAGUUCUCAUGCUUGUUAAAAUACUUUAUUACUGUAAUUAAAUCACCUGUAAUUUUCUUGGAAUUUCUGCCAGUCAUUUACCCUGCAGUACAAAUGUUUAGCUGACUAUGUAAUGAAAAAUCAGGUAACAUUAGGCCAAUAUGUGCAUAAAAUUUCAUUUAC